GUAAUAAUUUGCAUCCUACCAGACUUGGAUUUCUGCAACUGCGAACGCUUUCUCGCUGGAGUUUCGAUUCCGAUUCGGUCUUGGUCUAGGGCCGCGUUCGCUGCGCGCCAGAGCUCUGAAGAUCCCGUCAGAUGGCCGAUGUCGUCAUUGCCGUGCUCGGUAGCUAAGCGAUGCAGCGGGAAUCGUCGUGGGACCAUGGCCGAUCUGUUCAUGAGCUCGAGCCCCCAGGACCGUUGUUAUUCCUUCCACUGCUUUUACUUCAAGGCGGUGGUAUGGAUCUUUCUAGGGUUGGUGAGAAAAUCUUCAGCUCCGUCCGUUCUGCUCGCUCACUUGGCCUCCUCUCAUCUACGUCCGAUCGCCCUGAGGUUCUUGAAAGGGUAGCUGCAGCUGCUGCUGCAGCUCGAGCUCUUGCAGGGCUUCCCCCACAUGAAAGGAUUGCCCUCACAUCAAAUUAUGAGGAUAUUACUUUCCUAUAUGGUAGUAAGGGUCAAACCCUUGAGGUGCUUGAAGAGGAGUUCUAUGAGGAGGCCACUCUUAGGUUAGCCCAACUUGAUAAAAUAGCAGAACGCUUAGCACACAAUGUUUUGGAGCACCAUGAAGAGUUGGUGAAGGGGAUGCAACUUGUAAUUGAUUUGCAACAGGACUUGAAGGUUGCAAAUGUCAUUUGCAUGAAUGGGAGAAGACACAUAGCCUCUUCCAAGCAUGAAUUUUCAAUGGAACUUGUUGUCCAUUCUCACUCGAAAAAGAAACAAGCUUUACUGGUCUCCUUUAUACGAUGUGUCGUGUGCAUUGCAACUUAUGACAUUCGUUGCAUGUCAAGUUCUUUUAUCUGUAGGGGGCUGUUGUAUAAAUCAGGAGUCUUCUACACCAAGUCGUAGGGGAUUUCACAUAUACUUGUAAGUUUGCUACAUAUAUUGUUGUUUGCAAUCAAAUUAACAAACUUUCUUGGAGUUGCAUAGAAUUGAUUAUGCAUAGACCUCAUUCACUUCUAACUCAUUAAAUGCAUCCAAUUGUUAUGCUUGUGGCACAUUGAUUCUCUUCAUUUACAAGGGAUCUAUUACACUAGAGCAUAUCCACCACCGUUUCUUGCAGUGUACUCAGAAGAUGCUCUCUUCAUUAAUUUCCAAGUGAUUAUUUUUUAUUAUUAUUGUAUUUAUUUUAAAUCACUUAAAAUAGAAAUUUGAUGGUGUGAGGGUCCCCUUUUUGUAUUGGUAGAUGUUUAUUUGAAUGACUUGAAUUUAUCACUUAGCAGUUGUAUUUCCAACUUGAAUGUAUGUUUAUUAAUUUAAAUUUUGAUUCCUUAUAUUUUAAUUUAGGUUCAAUUCCAAGUGACUCAUUAAAGUUCAAGUUCUUAUAGUCAUGUUGAGUGUAAGUCUGGUUCGAGUUUGAGUUUAAGUCCAAGUCCUAUAUUGUUUGAUCGAAUUUGAUUUAAAAUUGAUUUUAUGUUUGACUUAUUGUUCAAAUCAAUUUUCAAUUUUUUGUCCAAGUCCUUUAUUGUUUCACUAAAAAUUUUGACAGCCUCCCGUCGUCGCCUCCCUGGCAUCGGGAGGUAAGGAGGGCAUUUGCCCUUUGGGCUCGACUCAGCCGAAGCAUAUCAAUGGGAUUGCAACCCAUCUUCUUUUGAUUUUUAAAGGAUUGCAACCCAUCUUCUUCUUUGACACCAAGCGACGAAACCGAUCUUCAUUUUCUUCGACACCAAACGAUGGAAUGGUCCUUCUCUUCCUUGAUACUAGGCAAAACGUUAGAAUUGGCCGAAUCUACUGUCGCCAGUUCUCGGGAUAUUACUUGUUUUCACUAAGUAGUCUCUUUUUAUCAGUUGGAUAUUAUUCAGAACAUAUAUAAUAUCUUUCUUCAUUUUAAUGGUGUAGAAUCCAUUCUAGAUCUUUAUUGUGGCGCCGUAAUUUUCCUUCUGAGAGUGGCUAGUUAUUGGAGGGUUGAACUUCGACGCCAACUUCUUAUGCUUUCUUUAGAGUCCCCAUUCGUUGAUGACUUAGAGGAAUUACAAAUGAAAGUGGAUACAUACUCCUUAUAUGGGUACUUUUGAGUUAGACAAUUGAGAUGCCUCCAAAAACAACUUUGAGUUUUGCUCUCUGUUGUUUUGUUUUAAACAUAACAAUUUAAAGUCAUUAAUUGUCGGGGAUGUUGGCCUCCAUCUAUUGCACUUUUGUGCUGUUAGACAAAGUUUUGGGUGCUCGAUUUUGAGACAAUCAUUUGUCGUUCUUCUAGUCCUAUGUAUUUUGGUACAAGAAAAGGAUGCUUUACAGCAUGUCUUCUUGUUGUGAAGAGUAGAUCUAAUAACAUUGUAGAAUUGAUAAAUGGGUCACUAAAAGGGCUGGUGAUUGUUAAAUUGAUUUCAGGUUUACAAGCCCUCCUUUUUGUAUGGUCAUGUUAGUUGAAAGUAUCGAGAAAAUUGAGGCACUCUUAGGACCAACCUAAUAGUAGCAACAUUGUUACCCUUGAUUUAUUGAUUUCUUGGGAAUAAUCACCUUAGGGUUCCUCCUGCUGGUUGAUGUGCCUAAGUUUUUAAUUUAGUAGUUGUUUUGAUGGAAGCCUCUCUUGAUUUGUGUAGCUUCAAUAGCUUGGGUGGUGGUGGGAACAUGCCUCUUUGCCUCAGAGAUAGUGCUAAACUAAAUGGUAACACUUUAUGCCACAUGAUUGUUUGUGUUUAGUUAACAAAAUCACAUAGCAACUAUCACUAUUAUGGACCGAACAUUCAUUAUAUUCAAAAUUACAUUGGCACAAACAAUUUGAGGAUCAAGUAAAUCAAAGAUGAAGAGAGAAAUUCUCCGAAAUAAGUUGUUAGAAAUUAGAUUGUUUAGGAGAAACCACCCCAACCUGGUGCCUCCUCGAUGUCAUAAAAACAUGGGAGUUGUUUCUUUUUUUUGUUUUGUUUGUGAGGUAGAUUAAGUUUAUUUAAGUUAAAUCUCUCCUAACGAGGAUGCUUAGUUUAUUUAAAUUUUGGGUAAUGAUUUCUUAUUGUUAUAAACCCCGAUAGUUAUUUAUCCCUCAUGGUCAAGAGAGUGCCCUUUAAAUUAAAGAGGUUGCUAAACUCAAUUUAGAUAAAAUAUUGCUAAAAUUUAGUUCUGUAGAGAAUGGCUAGGAGGUAGACUUGAUCCAGAUUCAAAUGUUCCAUUUUCAUAGGUUUAUUAUUGGAUCCAAUGUAACAACAUUAGAGGGCUUUGAGCCUUAAAAUAUGCGGAGCUUGAUUAACAAUCAUAGUUUCCCUUUUUGUAGAUAUCCUAAGAAGUAUGACAUGGCUACUAGUUAUAACUGGUAAGAGUUUAGAGGUAUGACAUGGCUACUGGUUGCCCAUGAGUCUUGGUUUAGCUCGAAGAAGCUUAUUUAAGACACAUGUGGUUUUGUUAUUGGUCGUUUGUUUUUCUUUUGCAAGUGCAGUUCGUUUGUUUUUCUUUUGAUCAUUACUUUUGUUAAACCUUGUAUUGCUAAAUAUGUGAUAUUGAUGACCUGAAGCCUUAAUUACGGCUGUUUUCUUGUAGCUUUUGAUUUAUUUUCUAAAUCAUCUGAAAAUUUCAUCUUAAUUGUGCCUUUAGACAUGACUUCCAAAUUUAUUUUAUUGUAGAGAAAUUUAUUAUUUCUUGAUGUAUGUUCUAUAGUUUGAUUUUUUUGAAUGACAUUGUUAAUAUCUUUAUGUGUUGAUAGUAUAUGCUGAUGUAGGCAAGGGGGGGGUCAAAUCAAAUCCUAAUAUUUGAUUUUUGACUCCUCUAGCUCAUUAAUGUCUAGUAAAAAAAUUAGCUCAUUAUGAGCUGAUUUUUAGUUCAUUUAUUGAACUAAAAAUUAGCUC